AUGGGUUGUUUGGAAUUUUGGGUUGUAAACAGUUUUCUAGCAAGCGCAGUAUUCUUCAUUUUGUUCUUAGUGGUUGAUACUUAAUACCCUCUUUAUCCCUAUGCUGUAGCAACUGUUGAUAAAUAACCUGAUAAAAAACCAAGUGCGACAGCUUGUAUUAUAGCAUCUUGUCUCUAUCUUUUGAUCGCAGUAGGCUUACUAUUUUGGAAAAAGAGCAGAGAUCAAAGAAUAAAGGAAAGUUAGCAAUAUCCUCGUUUGGCUGCUGCUUAAGGAUUUGAAUAAUAGCAAUCAUCUUAAAGAGGACGUUCAAUUGAAUUGUGAUGCGUAUUUUACACAUAUUUUAUAUUUAUCUAAUAUGAUAUUCUGCAAAAA